UUCAAAAGGCGGCUCUGCAGUUUCUGCUCUGCUCUGCUCUGCUUCGCUGCUGUUUCCUUCUUCUCCUCCUCCUUAUUUAUUUCUUUCUCUGCACCUAACUUCAGUUGUCAACUGUUGUGAAGUCUUUGAGAUUCAUUGUUUUCGGUUCUUUCUUCCGAAUCCAAGAAAUGGAGAUGGAGGUGAUGAUACCGUCGCCGGCGGGGGAUUUCAACUUCGACAGCGCGUGCACUUCUCCGUACAUCAGCGCGCCGUCCAGUCCCCAGAGCUUCGGCAACUUCUUCUUCAGUGCCCCCACCAGCCCCACCCGCUCCUCCUUCUUCUUCCGCGACUCCGCCGCGGCGUCCGGCGGCGAUCUCCCUUCCACGAUCCCCUUCAAAUGGGAAGAGAAGCCCGGAAUUCCGAAAACCAAGAGAGAUGAUAAUGAAGAGAAUGACAACGAUUUCGAGUUCGAGUUCAGCGGGCCGUUGGAGCGAGCCUCGGUCUCCGCCGCCGACGAGCUCUUCUACGGCGGCAAGAUCAAGCCCCUGAAGCCGCCGCCUCGGCUGCAGUUCCCCGAUCACGACUUCGCCCAGUCUCCCAAAUCGCCCAUCAACAAGAAAGCUCUCACUCUCAGAGAAUCCCUCUCGCCAAGACACAAGAAGAAGGAUUUCGACCCCUUCCAAGCCGCGAUGGAGCGGGCUUGCCAAGAAAACGCAAGCCAGGAGCGAGGAAGAGAAAGAACCUACAGCACGUCGAGCCAUAGGAAGAAAGGCACCAGAUCUGUGUCUCCAUUCAAGGUUUUCGAUGCCUUUUUUGAAAGCGAAAGCAAUGAUCAAAACAGUUCCGGUUCUUCGAAAACAAAGUCGUCGUCGUCGUCGUCGUUCUACAAGAAGUGGCGGCUGAAGGAUCUCUUGCUGUUCCGGAGCGCGUCGGAGGGGCGUCCGACCAGCAAGGAAUCGCUGAAGAAGUACUCGCAGCUGAAGAGGAGCGUGGAGGAGCAAGAGGAGGUGAAGAACUCGAGCUUCCGGUCGACGGACAGCAGCGGCGGCGGGUCGGUGUCUCGGCGGAGAGGAGCGGCGGUGUCGGCCCACGAGCGGCACUACACGGCGAAGAGGGCGGUGGCGGAAGAGAUGAGGAGGAAGACGGUGUUGCCGUACAGGCAUGGAUUUUUGGGUUGCUUGGGGUUCAAUCCGGCGGUUCACGAGAUCUCCAGGGGUCUUGGUCAUCUGACACGUGGAUGAUCCAGAUUUCUCAGUCUUCUGCCGUGACCUCUGUGUAGCUUUUCCUCCUCCUUCCUUUUUCUCGAAGGAUUUAGAUUUAUUUACACACACAAACAGAUAUAUAUAUAUUAUGUAUUAUAUUAUAUAUAUUAGUGUCUAUUUUUGCGCUUAUUUCUUGGAUGUACUUUGCGUGCCCAAAUUGGAUUUUAACAGUUAUAUAUAUAUAUAUAUAGCGUCAUAUUCUGGUC